UAUAAUCGUUUUAAUUGAGCACUUGCUGAAUUUAGUUCAAUCUAAUUAUGAAGCACUUCAAGUUUCGUCGUAAUUGAUUGUUUAUUAAUUCAAUUAGCACGAAAUCUAAUAUGUAUUAAUAAUUGUGAUUCUAUUUGAAGAUGUUAAUUGUAUUUGUAAUAACGACUCUUAUAGUGAGUGUAGUUCAACCAAGGGAAAUGUCCACGUGUACUGAUGAUUGUUUGAGUAAAACUUAUUGUCUUUCAGUUGAUGGUAAAAAUGACUGUUCGGGAAAAGUUAAAGUUCGAGCAAAAUUUAGCGUAAUUCAACAACCAGGAUCAUAUGAUCGACUUCGUUUACUCCUGUUAGGAUAUGGAAUUGAUUCUACCAGUGAACUGAGCAUUUCUUUAACUUUGAAAGCGCUAAAAGCACCAACGAUAGGCCAAACUACUUAUUCUUGUUACAAAUCGUCUCUUGGUGCAACCAAGUCCGAUGUCUUUCAAAAAGAUUCCAAUUCAACAACUAUCUGUGGAUCAUCUUACUAUUCAGACGGAACUUUAUCCUGCAUUUGGAUCUUUUCCAUGUACGAUUCAACUUGGCCCAUGUUGAAAGGUGAACCUGCUAAACUUAUCGACGAUAAACUGUACCAAAUAUCUCUUGGAUAUGAUAAAGUGGCUUCGAUUGUCGCUCAGGAUUCAAGUGAUUUACCAAUCUAUCAAUUGCAAUUUCUUUAUUGUUGCAACAAAGUUCACGGAAAAGAUAAAUAUUUAUUUACUUUCGCCGAAGCAGAAAACGGCAUCAAUUUCUUGGUCCAUAUAUUUGACUCUAAUCCAUUGGCCACAACGAUAUCUCUUAAAAAUCGUUACGGAAAUCAAUUACUCUUCUCGUGUCUUUUUGCAACGGUUACUCUCAAUGCUAAAUUGAUCGAUGAAAAAAAUGAGACCAAAAUUAAUGAUCAAAUUGUUUCUCAAUACAUUGCUGAUUCGAGCUGCUCUUGGUCCACGUUAUUGCACCUCUACAGUAGUUCAGUUAUAUUGAAAUUACCAACUGAUGUCUACAAUUUGCAGAUCAUUUUUGGCAAUGUCGUUGUUUAUGAGGAAAAUGAGGUCACUUUGAAAAAUUCAUGCUCCUCAUUGAGCAUCAAAAACUUUUACAUUACUUUUAUCGUUUUAAUGUUUGGACAAAAACUUUAUUUUGGCUUAAACGGAUUCGAUAGAUGACUACUUGGCCUUUUCCUAUGCAUAUUAUGAAAUUUUACUUUUCAUAUUUUUAAGUAAUCAACAGUUUAUAGUUAUGACUGUCCAUGGUCCGAUUUGAAGCGAUAAUGUGAUAAAAGUGGACUGAUUAAGUCGAGCCUCAAUUGGUCAGAUGAGCGAUGGAAUCGGCUCACGAAAUAAUCAUUUCGAAUAAAAAAUUGUAUAUUAUAUCAACUAAAUUCCAGUGAAAAAUGCACCAGAAACUAUUACGGAUGUGAAACACCCAUCAGCUGAUUCGCACAACUAUUAAUAUGAAUGAUUAUCAAUUAAUCCCUUCAUGAUUCAUUGAUAUCAAUUUCUGAUAUUUUUCUCGCUCAAAUUUCAAUAUUUUCACUGAAAACAAGUAUCAUUAAAUUGGCACGUUAUGAUGAUUUCUAGUGGGAAACAAUAGUUUUUUUUGUUCACAAUGUUAUAGUUUGCCGACUGAAUUGAUUUAAUUUGAUCGAAAGAAAAAUCAACUUAAUUGUUCCAAUGAGA